ACACUGCUCCGCCUCCGUUCCUCUUCCUCUCUCUCUCUCUCUCUUAUCUCUCCCCGUCUCGCUCGCACGAGCAGCUACGCGCGCCGUCUCGUCUCGUGUCGUCUCGUCUCGUCUGCCUCCCGCAGCAGGUGUGCGGGGGGGAGCCUUGCAUGCUCUGUGGUGGCGGUAGCGUCGGCGGCGGCGGUGGUGCCGUGGUGGUGCGGUGACGGGCGGAUACAGAUGGUCAUGGAUGCUGGGGUGCACGACGUGUGCACGCUGCUGCCCGGAUCCAAGCGCGACGCGCACCUCCCCAUGUACCCCCAGAUCGCCGCCGCGAAUGGGUUCACGGCGGAGGAGCUCGACCCGCUGCUGUUCCUCUCGCCCGACGCGGUUGGCGUCGGCGGCGACGACUACCUGAAUGUUGUUUCCGCUGCCCCCGUGUCGGCGGGCUCCACCAACAGCGCGUCGCCGCCGAGAGAUGUCUCGGUUUAUGCGGCGUCGGCGGCGCAGCAUGACGACUCUGAGGCUUUCUCGGAUAUCGUUCUGGGGUACAUCAAUCGGAUGCUCAUGGCCGAGGACAUCGACGAGAAGUUCGAGCACUACCCGGUGAACGCCGUUGAUCUGCUCGCCGCCGAGAAGCCGUUCCUCGAGAUCCUCGCCGACCAGUCGCGGUAUUCUGGCGGUAGCUCGGUCGAGAGUCCAGACGGGAGCAGCGUCACCAACUCCUGUAGCAGCCUCAGUCCCUGCAACUGUAGCUCGGCUUCUGAUGGGCUUGGCACCGUGCCGCGGACGCCGGUCCUCGAGUUCCCCACGGCCGCCUUCUUGCAGACGCCCCAGCUCUACGGGGAUCUGAUCCCCCAGGGCGCCAUGGUGGAAUCGGGUGGCGCCUGGCAGUACGACCCGACGGAAUUCUACCAGCUCCAGACCAACCCGGUUUCUGGGAAUCUCCUGUCGCAAUCUUCGUCAUUCGCCUCCUCGAACGGCAGCAGUGUUACUUUCUCGGAGGGAUUCGAGUCAUUGCUGAGCCCGGCUGGUGUCUUGCCUGAUGUUGGUCUGAAUGAUUUUGCUGUUCAGAGCCAACAAGCUUUGCAGUUCUGCCGUGGGUUUCAAGAGGCAAGCAAAUUUCUUCCUGAUGAGAGCAAGCUUGUGAUUGAUGUUGAUAAGUUCUGCAGUGGAAAUGAAGGGGGUAGUUUCCUAGGUGAGGUUAGACAAGAUAAGAAGCUUGUGAAGGUCAAGACAGAAACCGACGAUGUUGAAGCAGCGGUUCACCGGGGCAGGAAGCAUUUCUAUGGUGAUGACUUGGAUGUGGAGGAAGGGAGGUGCAGCAAGCAUUCUGCGCCAGGGAUUGAUACUGACCACCUUGUGCGGGAGAUGAUGGACAAGGUCUUGCUAUGUAAUGGUGAGACAUGCUCAAAAGGAGUCAAGGAGCUGCGUGAGGCUCUGCAGCAUGAUGUGGCAAAACAUUCAGGUGGCGGCCAUGGCAAAGGGUCCAGCCAUGGCAAGGGCCGCGGAAAGAAACAACCCAAAAAAGAGGUGGUUGACUUGGAGACCCUUCUCAUCCAUUGUGCUCAGUCUGUGGCCACUGAUGACAGGCGCAGUGCAACUGAGCUCCUGAGGCAGAUCAGGCAUCAUGCUGAUGCCAAAGGUGAUGGCGAUCAGCGUUUGGCGCACUGCUUUGCCAAUGGCCUUGAGGCGAGACUGGCUGGUACUGGUAGCCAAAUUUACAAGACCUACACAAUGACACGGCUUCCAUGCACUGAUGUGUUGAAAGCAUACCAGCUGUAUUUGGCAGCUUGCCCUUUCAAGAAGAUAUCUCAUUACUUUGCCAAUCAAACGAUUAUGAAUGCUGUGGAGAAGGCCAAGAAAGUUCACAUUGUCGAUUAUGGCAUAUACUAUGGCUUUCAGUGGCCGUGUCUCAUCCAGCGGCUAUCUAACAGACCUGGAGGUCCACCAAAGCUUAGGAUAACUGGAAUUGACACUCCUCAGCCUGGUUUCCGGCCAGCAGAACGCAUAGAGGAGACGGGGAGAUAUCUAAGUGAUUAUGCUCAGACCUUUAAUGUUCCUUUUGAAUUUCAAGCUAUUGCAUACCGGUUUGAGGCUGUCCAGAUUGAGGAUCUCCGCAUUGAGGAUGACGAGGUUCUGAUUGUCAACUGCAUGUUUAAGUUCAAGAAUUUGAUGGAUGAGAGUGUUGUAGCUGAGAGUCCAAGGAACAUGGCAUUGAAGACAAUUAGGAAAAUGAACCCGCAUUUGUUCAUUCAUGGUGUGGUGAAUGGAUCUUACAACGCACCAUUUUUCGUGACACGCUUCCGGGAGGCCCUUUUCCAUUACUCUGCUAUCUUUGACAUGUUGGAGACGAACAUUCCUAAGGGUAAUGAACAGAGAUUGCUCAUUGAGUCUGCUCUGUUUAGUCGGGAAGCAAUCAAUGUGAUCUCUUGUGAGGGACUGGAGAGGAUGGAGAGACCAGAGACAUACAAGCAAUGGCAGGUACGGAACCAGAGGGCUGGGCUCAAGCAGUUGCCUCUGAACCAGGAUAUGAUGAAGCGUGCGCGGGAGAAGGUCAGGUGCUACCACAAGGACUUCAUCAUCGAUGAGGACAACAGGUGGUUACUGCAAGGAUGGAAAGGGCGCAUUUUGUUCGCACUGUCGACUUGGAAGCCAGAUAAUCGAUCUUCUUCGUAGCUUUGUUCAGUUCUGAUUAUUGCAUGAUAUUGUAAAUGGAGACCUGUUCAUAUUUUUUGGGCACUUGGACCGAUUGUUCCUGGUCCGUAAUAGAUUGCUAGGUAUGUUAUUUGAGCUACCAAGGAAUGGAAGAUUUCCUCUCAAGAAUAUGUCAUAUAUUAAUCUGGUUCAUUCCUCUGUCCGUGCAGAUGAUGAACCGGCCUCUGCGGCCUGUUCCUAGAGUCUCUCUGCACACUAGUUGUGACCAUUAUUGUUGCUUCUGAUCGGAAAAGUUAGU